CCUAGCUUGCUUGGAUGGAAUUCCCUUGCUCCAAGAGUGGGUUCUUGUACGCAAUCGGACCCUAGCGCUUUGUCCGCUCUGCCUCCAGUUAGUUGCGGAUUCUUGUGCUGCGUGAUGCCCUCGAAAUCCUUUCCAUCAAUCCGUGGUUCGAUUAGGUUCUUGCUCUUCGUCUUCUUGAGCGCGCAAGAUCGACGACACCAUUGGAGUUCUUGCUUUCUUGGUACCUAAUUGAGGUCCACGAACCAUCUCCCUAGAAAACUUUCACCCCUUGGUGCACAGCGCUAGCGCUGUUCAUAUCAGUUUUACAGUUCUUGAGAAUAGAUACAUCUGCUCCUCAGCAAUAUGUCCAUCGAAGAGAGGAAAUUAAGUAUGAUAAACAAGAGCACUGCAUUAAAUCCAAAUGCCGAAGAAUUUGUUCCUUCAUCCCUUAGAUCUGUCAAUGAUGCUUCCAAGAGAUCAGAUGCUACUAUGGGUAUUGUCUCAGGGCCCUCCAAUGAAAUUAGAGAAGACCAGCCAGAGUCCAUUAUACGGAGUAAUUCUGAUGAAGAAGCACAUCAGUAUUGGCAACAACAGCUCCCAGAUGACAUUACCCCUGAUUUCAAAGUCAUGGGACAAGAUGAGACUCCUGGACCUGACAGUCUGUCACUCACAGGCCUGUCCAUGAAUGAUGGCAUUGGAGCGUCAAUAUUUUCUCCAAACCAGUCACUGAGCAUGCAGCAUCAUGCUUCUCCUUUUAUCAGGGACAAACUUAGUGCACAUGCAAAGAUUGAAUUUCCUGGCCCAACUUAUGUAGAUGAACGUUCGCAAGCUACAAUUAUGAGUCCAACUGCAAGUUCCAUGAGCCCAACUGCUGCUCCAUGGGCAAAGACAGUAAGGAACGGGGGACAAUACAGCACAAACAGAAGGGAUGCCAGUCUCUACAAUGGAGAUUCUAGCAUUGGAGCUUCAUUGCACAACCCUACUCAUGCUUAUCAUGGAACCCGACGCAGCUUAAGCUCGACUAUGGAUAUCAUGAGUCAGUUGGAGCAGAAUAAAGUUGACGGACGACUCAGUCAGAAUCUCAGGUCACUGUCAUUUGGAGGUUCAAGUCCCCCAUCACCAGCAUCAUAUACCCAAAAUGGUCUUGUGAACUACAGUAAAGAAGCUUUUGGUCUGCCAAACAGUCUAUAUAGAUCUCAUUCAGCUAUACACGCAGACGAUAUUGUUUCGCCUUCAACUGGACGCGAACAUGUAUCCCUGGAUGCUCCUAGAGGAAGGUACAAGGCAGCUAAUCUGCCUGUCUCUGGUCUUGGUUCAAGCAGAGGUUCUCAGCUGUUGGGUGGCUUAUAUAAUGGACAUCAUGAUAUGAUCUCAACCAAUACCCCACAAAACAUAUCUGGAAUUCAGACAGGACCAACUUGGUUUGAAAGUGAUGCUGCGGCAAGUGCUUAUCUGGAAUCAAAGGAUGAAGUUCAUGAUUUUGCAAGCCUGAGACAUGCAUUUCUUGAGCAGCAGGAUAGGCAGGCUUUUCUAACGGGCAACCCUUUGACAAAGGAGCUAUACAAUAUGCAAAGCAGGUUGGCUCAGGAGAAGGCUAGAGAAACAAUAUAUCGCCAAAGACUCCAAAUGCCAGAGCUGCAAGGUCUUAUCCAGGAACAAAAUCCCCCAAUUGACCUCUGUGGUCUUCAUGUCAGCGAGGCGAUACACGUCCUGAACUAUGAACUCAACAACCGGAGGAAGAUUGCACGAUCCACUGGGCGCCGGCUCCAGGUGAUCAUAAUAUCGAGUACCCGUACCCCUGCGAGGCUGACGGCCGCCGUCGAGCAGUACCUCAUGGAGCACGGUCUUCAGUACACGCAGGCACAGCCAGGCCUCUUCCGUAUCCUGCUACAGUGAAGGAACGGGAUGGGAGGUUCUCCGUGUUCUCGAACAGGAUCGGAUGAAAAACAGCAACAACAAAAAAGUUGACUUCUACUUUUGUAUAUGGCAGAGAUGACUAGCAGAAUAGAAGCGUUACGAUAGCUCUUGUAAUAUCCGUAUAGCAGGCUUUUUUUGUCAGCAAAUGUAUACACUGUAGAAUUUGCGGAGUCAGGCGAUAUGUUCUUUCAUAAAUUUGCGAGAGUUGCGCGGUAUGUUCUUUCAUAAAUUA